CCCAUGGGCUGUGACUCAGUGUCUGUCUCCCAGCUGACCUCAGCAUGGGCCUGGGGGUAGGGGAGAGGGCAGUUUCCUCUGAAACUGGCUCUCCAGGAUAGUGACUCAGGGGCCCAGGAUUGGGGCCUUAAAGUGCCUUUGUUGGCUUCAGCUCAGGAAUCCGGGGAAACUGGUCAGGGGGAGGCCCCAGUGACCGAAACCCCUCCCUCUGUCCCCACCUGCUCUGCCGGAGCCAUAUAACUACUCCAACCUGCAGCUCAAGAGCGCAGUAGCGGCUGUUGGCAGGCAGGAACUGGUCUGGUCACCCUCUGGCUGGCUUGUGCACCUGACUCGGGAGAUCCUCAGCCACAGGGCGACUGCUCUGACUGGCUUUGUCUGGGGACACCCAGUGAGAGGCUUCCUGCCCUUCAAACACCGAGUGGCCUUCCUCAGCGCUCAGAGCCUUCUUGGUCCUAGACUCCAGCAGACGCCAAGCCAUGGCCUCCAUGGGGCUGCAGGUGAUGGGCAUCGCGCUGGCCGUGCUGGGCUGGCUGGGCGCCAUCGUGUGCUGUGCUCUGCCCAUGUGGCGCGUGACGGCCUUCAUCGGCAGCAAUAUCCUCACGGCGCAGACCAUCUGGGAGGGCCUGUGGAUGAACUGCGUGGUGCAGAGCACCGGCCAGCUGCAGUGCAAGGUGUACGACUCGCUGCUGGCGCUGCCGCAGGACCUGCAGGCGGCCCGCGCGCUCAUCGUCAUCUGCAUCGUCGUGGCUGCGCUGGGCGUGCUGCUGUCGGUGGUGGGCGGCAAGUGUACCAACUGCGUGGAGGAUGAGAGCGCCAAGGCCAAGACCAUGAUUGUGGCGGGCGUGGUGUUCUUGCUGGCCGGCCUGCUGGUGAUGGUGCCUGUGUCCUGGACAGCCAACAACGUCAUCCGCGACUUCUACAACCCGCUGGUGGCCUCCUCGCAGAAGCGGGAGAUGGGUGCCGCGCUCUACAUCGGCUGGGCCGCCUCGGGCUUGCUGCUGCUUGGUGGUGGCCUGCUCUGCUGCACCUGCCCGCCUCGCACUGAGAAGCCCUACUCGGCCAAGUAUUCCACCGCCCGCUCCGUGCCGGCCAGCAACUACGUGUAAGCUGCCACCGCUCAGCUCCGUCCCUUCCAGCUUUGUUCUUCCUGGAUCCAG